CUAAAAGGUCUCCCUUCACUUGAGGCCAGUUUAAGUUCAAUAGAGGAGGAUGCUCCUCAGUCUAAAGAUUCCUCACCCUUCACAGAACAAUCGUGUGAACAAGACAGAUGGAGUAACUUCUGUCAAAAAAAUGUUGAGUCAACUAUUGUUUCGCCAUUGCAUGAUAGCCUAGGCAUGUGGAACACCACUAUACAGGAUGAUACCCAAUCUAGUGCCUCAAGUGUUGAGACUGGUGAAUCUUCUGAAUGUUCUGACAAAUGGAAUCCAUUUGUUAAAAGAAGUUCUUUAGCUAGCCCUUUGCAAAUGGUCCAAGAAGGUAUGGGCAUGUGGAAUACAACAAUAAAAGAUGACACACCAUCCAGUACAACUAGUCCUGAUGAAAAAAGCACCAGCGAAAAUCCUGAUUUGUGGACUGCAUUCAAUUUGGAUUCAUUUCACAAUGAUUUUGAAAGUUCACAUGAUUGUCCAGCUGAAGCCAGUUUGGCAGCUGGUAAAAGUCCAAGCUUUUAUAAUGUUCAACCCCAAGAAAGUGUUGGUGUAGAAUUUUCCAAAGCUCACAAUGAUUCAUUAGUGAGUCAAGACAAGAAUUGGAGUGAUGUAGCACAAGAAACAUACCAGAGAAGCUUAAAUGAUCCAGAGGGAGGUCUAAAGUUGUUAAAUACAACUAAUGACCUGACAUCAGAUUUAUGUAUUGACCAAAGUCUUGUAAAGCACAGACAACAAUUGCAGAUGCAAACAGAAUCUAAAGAUACAAAGCAAAUACUGCAUGUGAGAGAAACAGAUGUUUUCAAAGAAUUUGAAAGUACAUCCAUUCACAACUCCAGUACAAAUUAUGAGACUAGUUUUAAAAACAUUGAAGCAAAUAUCAUUGCUCAAAAUCAAAUCAGCGGACAUACAAAUUUAAACAUUUCUUCCGAGGUGAAACUGGAAUUCAGUUGUGAUCAGUCAAGUAUGCAUAGACUUGAAUUCACAAAAGAGGCAACUGACCUUUCACUCUUGGAAUCCACACCUUUGGACGAAUGCAUUACAAUGGAGGCUUCUGAAGAAAAUACUGCUGCAGAAACUGGUGAGGUAAGCUGUACUAGGGAACCAGAUCUAAUCAAUUCACAAGUAUACCUACUGUCAUUAGAUCCAGAUAUUUGCACAAAUUCGGCACUUACCAGCACAUUUACAAAGCAUGCCCAUAAAAAUCCUGAUGUAAUAAAUGAGUGUAGUUCAGAUAAAAAUUCUGAAACCUCUCAAAGCCCUGAUCUAUGUCCAGAAUCAUUUACUGAAUAUCAAACAUCGAACACCUUGGAUGCAGAGCCUAAACUUGUUUAUGAUGAUGAAGAAACAGAAUUAAAUGCAAAAUGUGAUGUCUGUGUUGAGAGUGAAACUCAGGUUUUAUGGACUGAAAGAGCAAUAGAAAGUGACAGAAUGCGAGAAAUAGAAGAAAACAUGAAGGCUAUGUGUAUAACUACUAACAAUACACUUACUCGGCAAUACAAUGAUGAUCAGGUUUUUCAAAAAGCUGAAAUAGAACAAAUAGACAGUAUGAAAGGACAGAAGAGCAGGGAUAUGGACAUGGUCAGUUUAAGUGAUGAUGAUGAUGCUAAAUCAGAAAUAGAAAUCUGUGGCAGUUCAUGGUUUAGACAGAAACCUCCCAGUACAGUAGAACUUGUUGUAGAGACCAACCAUACACAAGAGUUACCCAUUUUAUCAAACUUUGUGGCACCACCCAAUAAUGAGUUAUCUGCACUAGAUCAAAGUGGACUAGAAACAACAGAAGAUGAAAUUACUAUAAUUCAAGAAUCCCCCUUCAUGAAAAAAAAGGAAUCUAACUUGUUUUGGUUUGAAGAAGCAUUUGGAAAGGAGGAUAAUUCUCAAGAGCUUCAUAGUAGUACUACUAAUGGGUUAUCAAAAUAUCCAUUCAGCAAUCAAAUAGUUGCUAACACAUGUAAGAACAAAGAUGCCCUUCCUGGAAUUAAUGACAGUAUGCUAUCUUCACAAUAUAAUAUACAAGACAGUUUCACAGAAAUUCCAAAUGAAGGAGCAGUAGCACAAUCUCCAUUACCUGAAUAUAAUCAAAAAGAUCAAGCAUUCGGCAAAGCUACUGCCUCAGAAAGUAUCCGUUGGUCUCAGCAUACCUCAAGACACCCAUCAGAAUGUAAAGUAACAUACUUCAGCAUGUCACCUGAGAUCCGAAAUGUUGACGCUUGGGAAGAUCUCUCUUAUGAGGAAAGUCUAAGGACUGUACACUCAAAAAUUACAAGAGAUGAAAAAAAAUGUUCAAAUGCUGAGGCAGGUAAUUCCCAAGAAGACAACAGCUCUCUGACUUUUGAUCUGGGCGAGAGUGGGGAAAGCAGCUAUUUUCCAGUAGCCUUUGAAAGAAGUGACCAGCUUAUGAUGACAGAUGCUACUUCAAAUGCAUCCUCAUUUUCUUUUGCUGAAGUGGGCCAUGGUUCACUGGACACUGAUUCAUUAGAUGAAAAUAAAACAAGCCUUGAAUUCUUUGAAGUGGAAGGCAAUGAAGAGGUUAACUUAACCCCUGAAGAAGAGUCUUGUGGGCUUGAAAUGGAUUAUAUUAUUGUAUACAAUAAAGACAGGAUGUCCUGUAGUGAGCUUGGUUCAGUAUUUCAACUUGAAAUGAAUAAAGAGAAUGAUUCACCACUAACAAACCAAAUUUUUAACGAGCAUUUGCAAGGAACCUCCAGGAAAACACUAAUAGAAGUCAAUUCAGAGAGCCUUAACACAUUAGAAAAUUCUGAUCAUUCCUCUCAAGGAGACAGUAUCACAUCAUCUCAUGAAGACUUUAAAUGUUUAGUUCAGUCCAAUUCAAAUAAGGCAGAAGUACUUGGAGAAAAGCCAGUCUGUUUUCUAGGAAACAAAAAUGAAACCAUAGAUAGCUCACCUGAAGAAAACUCAAGCAUUACAAACACAGCAGGAUCUGAAUCGGGGGACUCUGUUAAAGAAGUCUUCUAUGCAGGUAGUACUAUGCCAUCUCAGCACAAUACUGGUUUUGUUUUACAUGACAGUAGCAUAGUUGUGAGUGAACCGUUUAUAGCAACAGAGAAAGGAAUUUCUAAUUCUAUUCAUUUAUCAACAAAAUUCCAUGAAGAUCACACCAAUUCCCAAGAAUAUGGAAGUACAUUGGAAGAUUUUCCACAAACCAAGCUCAUUAACUCUGGAAAAGAAGCUAGUUGUCUUCCAAAGAUCACAAAGCAUGAAAACCUGAAGGAUAAGGUCUUUAGCAGAUCUGUACCAGAGAAUGUGGGAAUGGACAUUUCUUACGAAGAGGAUCUGCAAAGUCCAGAUGGUACUGACAACAGACUAGAUCCUCCUGACUCUCUGGAUGUAAAUGGAGCACAUCCACAAAGGAAGAAAUUAGCAGCUCCUGAAAUCAACUUAUCCUUGGAUCAGAGUGAGGGCUCCAUUUUGUCAGAUGAUAACCUUGAUACCCCAGAUGAUCUCGACAUCAACGUUGAUGACUUAGACACCCCUGAUGAGGCUGAUUCCUUAGAAUAUACAGGUCAUGGCAAUGAGCUUGGGUGGGAAGAGGUGGAGACUACAAAUGUGGUUGAAACCAGGGAAGAUGCUGAGCCCAUCCCUGAAUACACAGCUGAGGAGGAACGGCAAGAUACUAGAUUGUGGAGAACAGUAGUAAUUGGGGAGCAAGAGCAUAGAAUUGAUAUGAAAGCCAUUGAACCUUACCAGAAGGUCAUUUCACAUGGAGGAUACUACGGGGAUGGCCUCAAUGCUAUUAUUGUCUUUGCUGCAUGCUUCCUACCAGAAAGCAGCAGGACUGAUUAUCACUAUAUCAUGGAGAAUCUCUUUCUGUAUGUGAUUAGCACACUGGAGCUAAUGGUAGCUGAAGACUACAUGAUUGUUUACCUGAAUGGUGCAACUCCCCGCAGAAGGAUGCCUGGGCUGGGUUGGAUGAAAAAGUGUUACCAGAUGAUUGAUAGACGGUUAAGAAAGAACUUGAAAUCAUUUAUUAUUGUUCAUCCCUCCUGGUUCAUCAGAACGAUUCUGGCUAUUACCAGACCCUUUAUCAGCUCUAAGUUUAGCAGCAAAAUAAAGUAUGUCAAUAGCUUGGCUGAACUUGCGGAACUGAUCCCAAUGGAGUAUGUACACAUUCCGGACAGCAUAAUGAAGUUUGAAGAAGAAAGGGGUAUUAAAAGAUAUGAAUGUUUGAGACUGGAUGAAGAACUGAGGGAAGCAGCUGAAACUUCUAAAUAUGCAGGCUUUCUAAAUGGACUGGAAUCUACAUCUGUGGAAUUGGAAAGACCUUCCUCCUUAUAACACUUGAAACACUGAAAAUGAAGGGACGAUGAAGUGUAGAACUAUUCAUCUGAGACUGUGGCCAGUCAAUUCAAGCAUGGUGCAGAGAACUGAAUAUAAACAUUAUAUGAUUUUAAAAUGAACGGUGUACAAUCAGAAAAAAAUCAUUUUUCCCAAUGGAUGUUAAUAUUUCAAAUAAAAAUGAUACAUGAUUGGUAUUUGAUGGUCUGAUCUGGACCUUAACUGCCUCCUCGAUACAUUUUACCUUCAUGCCUAAUAAAACUAGGAAAAGAGUAGAAUCAUUCAAAGCAGAUGUACUGUGCUUUAAAUAUUAUUGGACACUUUGCAAACUGCCACACUAACGCCAUUCAAUUUCCAUAUGGUAGCCACAUCAUUGGCAUGCAUGUGUGAACUUUGGCAAACGUACUUGUGUUCAUAUUGUGAAAAAACGUACUUGUGCAUUAAAUAUUUAGUAUUAUUUGUAACAUUGAGUUUUUCAUUGUGUUGUCAUGAACUGAAUGUGUAGUAAUGGCUAAUGCAAAUAUUGUAAAAGUGACACUCCUUGUUCUAACACUCCAACUUUGCACCUGUUUAUUUUUUAGAGUUGAUAAAAACCCCAUGGAAGGCAAAGCUUGAACCUUCAAAGCCACUUUUCACAAAACAACAAAUCAGAUGCUCUGGUGACCUCUAGUAGUGUUUAUUUUUUAUUUUUGUAUUAUUAUUUUCUUUAAUUGUACAUACAUUUGUGUUCUAUCUCUUACUGUAAAUCAAAAUGCAUACUGUUCAAGCAGAGAUUUCUUUGUGAAAUGCAGUUGUAUUGUUAACUCUUUUCAUUUAGCAUUUGUGUUUUUAUUUUUACAAGUGUAAGACUGUAUUUAUAAGGAUCCCUAUAGUCAGUAAAUACAGCAAUUAAAAAUAACCCUGCUAACACAAAUUUAGCAUGUUAAUGCCAUGUAUAUUGGUGCAUUUCCUAUUCAUGUUCUCUUCCAUAAUGAGACUGGGGUGUUUUAGGAAUGUUUCAACUUUCAAAUUGUACAAAUAUGUAAAGAUGUGUAAUUUAUUUCAAUUUGUUCACAUUAGCAAGGGCAGAUAUUUUUUGUCUAAAUUCCUUACUUGUACAUUUGCCACCGAUUCUAAAUAUUCUAGUCAGUUUGUGGUCAUCUGGUAUGCUAGAAUUCAGCUAAUUCUGACAGUACAAUGGCAGUAAUUUUAAAAAGCAACACAUUCUUAAAAAAUUAUAAGCAAGCACACAUAAAAUCUUUUUUCAUAAAGUGAACUGAGGAAAGAAAAAAACAAAAAUGUCUAUCACUCCAUGACUAUUUGUGUCAGGACAUUGGAUGGUAUAACCAAAAUGCCCCGCUUCAGUUCUCAUUAGGAUUUUUCUUUGAAUUUGAAAGAACAUUGGAAAUGCAGUCUAUUUUUUUUUUUUUUUGUCUGUUUUUCUUUUAAUAGCUGUAUUUUCGAUCCUGAAUAAAAGGUUAUUUCUGACCAUAUCAGAAUUUAGUUAACUAAGCAAGUGUUACUUUCCUCCAUUUCUGAACCAGCUUAUCCUGGUCAUGGAUGCGGUCUAAAUCAGCAGAAUUCUGCUCUUUUUUAAUUAUUUCUCGUUUCUUUGAUUGUUGUUAAUAUUCUUACUUUAUCGUAGAUAGAAAGGUUAAAGUUUUCCACAUAAGCUGUAGGUCAGGGGUUUACAUUGAAACAUGUUGCAAUUAAUCUGGAGAAAGCAGAUCAAAAUGUGGAUGUUUUUGUCAAAAGAAGCAUAAUAUGUAGCAUGAAACUUCCAGUAUCCUCAAUUAUGAACUGGAUUGAUGCAAAAAUCUGCCAUGAUGCUGUAGCUCCAAUUUGGCCUCUGCUGUUUAGCUUGCAGACUGUUAUGUUGGAAAGCUUUAAAAAUAAAUCUAGCAAUAAAACAUUUAUUUACAAAAUGACAAAUUUGUUUGAAAUAUAAUUUCCACUUUAUAUUGCAGGACAAUUUUCUCUCUUCAUGUUUGAUCUUCUGAAAUUCUCAUGACAACACAUAUGUGUACUUGCUUGAUAAGAGUUUAUCAAUGUAUGGAGUUGUUGUACUCAUGUGUUUGUCAUCUUCCUCAAAUCCCAGCCUGUGUGCUUUCAAGUCCAUUUACCAACCUUAGCAUUAUGAGAGUGGAGAGGGGCAUGUGUAAGUAGGUUUUGUUCUGUAAACGUCUCUUGUUAUGUUACUAAACAAGCAGCAUUCACUUGGGCUGGUGGAGUCACACACAAAAUUAUUGAUUUUAGGACAGGAUGCUGCAUUUGAAGUUCUGAAAAUCUCUUUGCAAAUGUGUUGUAUAAUAUACAAAACCCUAAUGUUUAAUGACACUAUUAAAAACUUUUAGCACA